AUGACCUCGAAGGACUUCCCAAUCGCAAGCUCCGCCCCCGAAAACCCCUACGUCUUCACCUCAAUCCCGCUAAUCGCAAUCGCAACCUUCGACCUAAUCCUCCUCUCAACCCUGCCGUACAAAAACGCCCUAGACGAAGCCCUCCGCUACGUCCGCCCAUUGCGAAACAGCAACCUCCCCGCCGAAGAUCUCCAGAUUCUCGCCAGUCUGCCGGAAUACAUCACCAAGUCGCUGACGAUGUAUUGGAAUGUGUGGGUGAGCGUUGCGGCUAGUCGGUUCAGUCUUUAUGGUGGGAUUGCGUUUUUUAUUUAUCAGGGGCGGGAUGCUGGGUUGCUUGAGGGGGUGGAGGGUUUGGGGAGGAUUCGGACUAGGGUUGUUUUUACGUUUUGCUUUAUGGAGAUGAUGGCUUGGUUUUGGAUCUUUGCGACAUUGAGACAGGAGCGACAGGAGAGAUUGACCAAGUUGCUUGAAGACGCUCGUGAGCAGGCUGAGUAG